AUGAAGCUGAGCACUGCUCUCGUGUUGCUUGCCUCAGCUAUUGCUGAGGGGCAUUACACCUUCCCAAGCGUCGGCGACUCAGCCGACUGGCAAUACGUCCGAACAACCGCCAACUUCCAAGAUCACGGGCCAGUCCCCGACAUCAACACCGAUGCCAUCCGAUGCUAUGAGCGCGACGCCGGCAAAGGGGCUCCCGGUAUCCUCAACGUGACUGCCGGCCAGACUCUCAACUACAACGCCAAGGAGGUUAUCUCCCACGCGGGACCCAUGGCCGUCUACAUUGCCAAAGUUCCCAAUGGCCAGACGGCCGCGACGUGGGAUGGGAAGGGCAACGUCUGGAGCAAGAUCUACCAGGAUUAUCCGACUAUUUCGGGUGGCAUGUCGUGGCCUUCGCAAGGUCAAAAGUCCAUCGGCGUCAAGAUCCCCGAAUGCCUCCAGAACGGCGACUACCUCCUCCGCGCAGAGCACAUCGGCCUGCACGCGGCCAGCUCCGCCGGCGGCGCCCAGUUCUACGUGUCGUGUGCGCAGAUCUCAGUCAGCGAAGGCAGCGGAAGCUAUAGCCCGCGGAACCAGGUCUCCUUUCCGGGCGCGUAUCAGGCGACAGACCCGGGAAUCAUGAUCGAUAUCUACUAUCCUGUGCCCAAGAGUUAUACACCGCCGGGACCGGCGGUUGAGAGUUGUGAGGAGGCUUCGUCAAGCUGCCCGGCUAGCUCAAUCGGUAGAGCGUGA